AUGAAUCCAGAAGAAACACGCAAUUCACAACAAACCACGGAGGGAGAAAGACACGAAAGAGAAAGACACCCUGGCGAAAGAGAGUACAGACAGCCGUACAGCAGAAUGAGAAGAAGGCCGUACAGACCUGUAGGCAGAGGGCCCAUGCACGAGGACUAUCCGCCCCACAGAGCGCAGGAUGAAAGACAGGAUGCCCCAGGAGGCUAUCCCAUGCGAGGCUACCGCUCCUAUCCUCCCAGUGUCUACGGAGACUCAAGAUAUCCUCCGUACAGAAGAGACCCUCGGCACAGCUACGACAUGUAUCCAAGAAGACGCCCUGACAGUGCAUACGCGCAUGCGCCGUAUUACAAUGAGCACAGGCCCAGGCCAUACUACAAGAGAAGACAAGUGCCGCCUGAGCAGCAGACUCCUGUAAAUAUAUUGAGCAUAUUCGGUCUGGGAACAAAGACAAAAGAAGAAGAGCUAACACAAUGGCUCAGCGAGAAGCUGGGAAGUGACCUUGAGUUCACAAAAACAGACUUAAUUUUGGAUAAAUACACUGGGUACAGCAAAGGAUAUGCAUUUGUCUAUUUCAAAACAGUCGAAGACGCAACACGCGCCAGGGAGCUACUCGCUGGCCAGGUUUUCAACAGCUCUGUGCUGCGGGUGGAAUACUCUUUCACACAGGCUGGACACAAAAAAGAAGAAGCCAGAGAAAAAACAGCGGAUGGAAAUGCUGCAGACAGGCAAAUAAGUGAAUAA